CAAUGUUAUUGAGAUUGCUCUCUGUUUACUGGAUAUUGAUGAGUAUAUUUCAUCUUUCUCUACAAUCUGUGAAAUUUUCUACUUACUCAUGACGAUGAAAGGUUUAUAAGUAAACUUGGAUUUUUUGUGAGAAUGGAAAGACAAAGGCAACGAACUAUCGGGCCUUAUAUUCUCAAUCAAACUUUAGGCAAAGGGCAGACAGGAGUAGUUCGCUUGGGUGUUCAUUGCACUACCAAAGAAAAAGUUGCUGUGAAAAUUAUCGACCGCACGAAGUUGAAUCCGCAAAUUUUGGAAAAGGUGGAAAGAGAAAUUGCUAUUAUGAAGCUGAUUGAGCAUCCACAUGUUCUGCGACUUUAUGAUGUGUAUGAAAACAACACGCAUUUGUUUCUUAUUCUGGAAUACGUCGGUGGCGGCGAGCUUUUUGACUAUCUUGUAAAGAGAGGAAGACUUACCAUCAACGAGGCAAAGAGGUUUUUCAGCCAAAUCAUCUCAGCCGUGGACUUCUGUCAUAAGCAUUGUGUUUGUCAUCGUGACCUGAAACCCGAAAAUUUGUUGCUUGACGAGAAAAACAACAUAAAAGUUGCCGACUUUGGAAUGGCUUCUUUACAGGUUGAUGAUAAUUCCAUGUUAGAGACGAGCUGUGGAUCGCCACAUUAUGCCUGUCCAGAAGUUGUUAAGGGUAUAAAGUACGAUGGACGGAAGGCGGACAUUUGGAGCUGUGGUGUUAUACUUUAUGCAUUGGUUGUUGGAGUCCUACCAUUUGAUGACGACAACUUACGACAACUUUUGGAGAAGGUGAAGACGGGGGCAUUUAGCGUUCCAAAUAAUGUGCCGAACGAUUGCCAGGAUCUAAUAAAAGAAAUGAUCAAAGUUGAUCCGGAGAAAAGAUUUACGAUAAAGCAGAUUCUGAACCAUAGUUUCCUGAAAAGUUUAGACAUUCACGAACAACGACCUGUACAAAAAGUGGUCAAAACGGAGAAAAUAUAUGGAAAGGAUAACAUUGACCCCGAUGUACUUUCUUCUAUGAAUAGUUUGGGAUGUUUUAAAGAUAAAGAAGCCCUCGAGGAAGAGUUAAUGAAAGAUGAUGAAAAUAUGGAGAAAGUCAUGUAUUUUUUACUGCUUGAGCGUAAAGAGCGUCGACCGUCAAGUGCCGAUAUUGUUCCGAAGGCAGUACGACAGAUGGCUGAACGAAUUCACGUUUAUGAUCCACCUCGUAAACGAGUAGACUCAUGUGGCUCACCUCGUCUGAACCGUUCGCGCGAGAGUAACGAUAAGGAGUCAUUUCUUGCUCGACCUCGUGCUGAAACUGAUAUUCGCUCUUUAGAAAGCAUCGCCUCGACUCGCAAAUCAAAUACACCCCUGAGAAGUAGAACCCCCCCUGGAAGUCCUUGGUGGUCGAGAAUGCCUUGGACGAAAAAAUCCAAUGGACAUGAUGAGCAAGCAAGUUAUCCUAUCGAACCAUCGCUAUCAGAGAAAGAAUUUUCCUCAAACUUAUCAUUGGAAGUUUCUCCAAGUUCAGUUAAGAAAUCAUGGUUUGCUCAUCUCCCAAUUCCUGGACAUUCACAUUCACCAAGUAAAUAUGAGUCUAUUAUUGUUGUGAUCAAAGAAAAGCCGAUGUUAACAAUCAAAGCCGAUAUCAGUCACGCUUUUUUGACUAUACCACAUAUUACGCACAACGUCACCUCAUCAACAAAUUUCACUGCUGAAUACCGUAAACAUAAAGGUAAUCCAAUAUUUCGUAAAUAUGUAAGAAUGGAAGUGACAAUAGAAGAGUUAAAAGAGUUUGAAGGCUGCAGUGAUGAUGAGCUUGCUUUUUCAGUUAUUAUCAAAUUCAUAUCAGGAUCUUCAAAAAAGUUCAAAAAGAUCUGUGACAAACUACAGUUUAUCCUCCAGUCAAAUGAUCGAUCGCCUCGUAAGAACGGUGAGUCAAUGGAUGACUCUGGUAUGUGGAACGAAAGUUCGAAAAAUGGAAAAAAAUGUCGAGGAUAUGUGGUAUCAGACACUGAAAGUGAUUGCGAGAAUUCCAGUUCUCCUGAUAUUGAGUAUUGUAUGCAGAAAACGUAGUAUGAAGUUUGGUGGGAUAGCUUUAUUGUGAUGCUGGCAUAAAGAAGUAAAAAUAUUAUGAACAGUAUGAUUCACCCGAAAGGCUUUGUGUUCUGAUAGAAUUAUUCGAUUAUGCAAAAGAUCACCGUUCCUGCAUUCGUUCCACUGAUUUAUCCUUUUAAAAAUUUUGUAAGUUGUCAACCCACCUUCUUGCCAAAUACUUGUCCAAACAGAGAUCAAAACUGGUACUUCUUCAUUUCAGUAGUUGAUUGAAAACUUUCAUUUGUUGGUAUCAUGAUAAAAGCAGUUAUACAACCUGAGUGAUUUUCUUCUGGUUUAUCGCUCCAGUAUAUUAUGAUAUCAGUGUAUAUCCAAAGAUCAAAGUGUUUGUUUGUAUAAACUAAAAGGUUACCAAACGUCUAAUGUCUUUGUAUGUAAAUUAAACGUUUACUAAACGUCUUCAUAUCUAAACUAAAAGUUUACUAAGCGUCUAAAUUCUUCCUAUAAAUAAGAGUUUAAGAAAUGUUAAAAGUUUCUCCCAAAACAAAAAUUAAAUACUUUUUGUUGUCGUAAACGAAAAGCUCGUCAAGUUUUUCAAAGCACAUCAAACGAACUUUUUGCACUGUUAAAAAUUGAAAGUCGAUUCCAGGAGACUUACGUAGUGUUUUAAAUGAAGUGUCGGGGACUGGAUCGAGUUGUUCAUAGUUAGCUUAUUCAUUUCUUGUUUUAAAGCAAUUCUUGCAAACAACAUACAAAUUGCACUAAAAUUCUUAAUGAUUUAUGGUGUCAGUCUUUUCAUUUUAUUCACGAAGUAAGUUUAGGAGCUAUUUGUCCCAAGCGAUUAAAUUUCUGAUUUUGGUUCGCUUUUAAUUUAAUGAAAUCACUGCGAAGAUUAGAAAAUGUAUGUCGACAACUUAUUUACCUUUAUCUUUGCAAUUUAAUCCUGGUAUAAUUUCGAUUUAUUUUUUUUGUUCCUCGCAUUUCGAGCCGUAGUGAAGUUGUUCAAGAAGAACAACUAUUCUGUUAACUAAAAACAAUUUCAGAAAAUUAACUUAAAUACUAUUAACAUUUUUUAUUAUAUAUGUACUUCAUUGUCAGACAUACAAAGUGAUCCGUCGCGUUCAUGUUAAUUGACAUUAUUAAUGAUGAAAAUAUCUCCAAAUUCUUAUUUAAAUGUAUGUGUUUUUAUGUUAUAGUCAUGUAAAUAACCAUUUACUUAAUUGUUACUUCAUUUGCUGGUUAUGUGAAGCGUAGUCUCCCACUUUUACUAGUUAGUUUUAUGUCAUACUAAAACUGUAGAUACAAUAAACUUUAUGCACCUCUUUUGGCGGUUUAAUAAUGAUGACUACUCAACUUCAUGCCUUAUGCAUGAUUGGCCCACUAAAUGUAAAAAAAAACAUUGAUAAAAACAAGAUUUCGUCCUUGUUA